AGCUGGAAAUUUCACGGAAUAACCUUCCCUGCUGGGAGAAUUCCAGCUGCUUUUCCAAACUCUUCCUCACCACGGCCCCUCUGGACAACCUCCCUCCUCCCUGAGUUUGUUUAUAUGCUUUGAAUCCCGUUAGGAAACCAUCUCCCUCCUUCAGCGCUGCUUUAUCCAAGUUUCCAUAUUUAGUUCUUUCAGCUAUUCCUGUUCCUGGACCAGCUUUCCUGCUGCAUCCCAGUUUUUCCCUCCAGCAGCUGCUACUGGGGAGGAAUUAUCCCACAUCCUCCGUGCACCGAUGGAUGCUCUGCCCUCACUGACCCACCCCGAUCCCAAAUCCCUCCCCAGGCCCUAAUCCCGGGAUUGGGAACGCCGGGCACCCCUGGGUGCCGUCCGUGGGAUGGGGAGCGGGGAAUUGCGGGAUUUUAGGGAGGGACAGAGUUAAAGGCGCUGAAGGAGGGUUUCCUCCUGGCACGUGGCUCCAUGUCAGCCGGCAGAGGCAACGCAGGGAAAGCGCCGCAGGAAUUCACCGGGAGCAGGGAGACGCUGCUUAGAGGGAAAUCGGUGUCCGGGUCCCGGCAGCCAAGCUGAUCCCGGGCAGCAGGGCCGGCGCCGGUGCCGGCGGCAGCGCCGACCAUGUUCAACGGGGAUGCCAGCUCGUCGUCGGCGCGGAGCGUGGUGCGCAGCUCCAGCAUCAGCGGCGAGAUGUACAGCCUGGAGAAGAGCGCGCGCGGCAGUGCCGACUCCGUCACCGUCACCGCCAGCAAGAAGCGGCGCUCCAGCCUGGGCGCCAAGAUGGUGGCGAUCGUGGGGCUGUCGCAGUGGAGCAAGAGCACCCUGCAGCUCAACCAGACCGAGGGAGGCCCCAAAAAGCUGCGCAGCACCAUCCGCAGGAGCACCGAGACAGGCAUCGCCGUGGAGAUGCGCACCAGGGUGACCCGGCAGGGCAGCCGCGAGUCCACGGACGGCAGCACCAACAGCAACAGCUCGGACGGCACGUUCAUCUUCCCCACCACGCGGCUGGGAGCGGAGAGCCAGUUCAGCGAUUUCCUGGACGGGCUGGGCCCGGGGCAGCUCGUGGGGCGGCAGACCCUGGCCACCCCCCCGAUGGGCGAUGUCCACGUGGGCAUGGCUGACCGCAACGGGCAGCUGGAGGUGGACGUGAUCCAGGCCAGGGGACUCAUCCCGAAGAUGGGCUCCAAGUGCAUCCCUGCCACCUACGUGAAGGUUUACCUGCUGGAGAACGGCGUCUGCCUGGCCAAGAAGAAGACCAAGGUGGUGAAGAAAACCUGCGACCCCUCGUACCAGCAGCCGCUGCUCUUCGAGGAGAGUCCCCAGGGCAAAGUCCUGCAGGUGAUCGUCUGGGGCGACUACGGCCGCAUGGACCACAAGUGCUUCAUGGGCAUGGCCCAGAUCAUCCUGGAGGAGCUGGAUCUCUCCAGCGCCGUCUCGGGCUGGUACAAACUCUUCCCAACCUCGUCCCUGGCCGACUCCAGCAUCGGACCCCUCACCCGCCGCCUCUCCCAGUCCUCCCUGGAGAGCUCCACCAGCCCCUCCUGCCCGUAGAGGCCGGGAUCGGGAAGGAGAAUCCGAGGAGACCUUGCAGAACUGGGCGUGGAGAGCUGUAAAUAUCCCUUUAUUUUUUUUUUUCCCCUUUUUAUUUUUUAAAUUUUCCAUCUCCUUCUCCCCCUCCCUCCCAAAAAAAAAAUCUGCCCUGGAUGCCCUCCCCGGGAAGGGAGAGGGAGCGAGGGCCGGGUGGGAAGGAGAAGUGAAAAUCCCCCCUGAGGGCUGCGACUGCCAACGAUCCCAGACUGUUCCCAGUCCUCUCCCGACCCCGCUGGGAGCAGCCCAGCCCGGCUCAGGACGAGGUUCCUUUUUUCCCUGCCUCCGAGGAAAAAGGCGGCUUUCCAAGGGGAAAACCCCCCGGAACUCAGAACAAAUCCAACUCUGCACUUAUUUUUUGUUUUCCAAGGAAUGUAGCAUCUUCUCUUAUGUAGCUUUGCCACGUGCUAACAACACACUCACUGCAAUAUCCAAGAGAACUCCGGAUGGACCGGGAGCAUCUGCCAGUCUCAUCCCGUUUUGGUCGCUUUCCCAGCACUUUUGGUGGCCAUUUCCCUGCCUUUUCUUUUUUUUCCCAAAUUUUGGGGUUUGUUUUUUUUUUUUUUUUGGGAGCAUGUAGCCUGUGACCAUUGCCAAAGCGAGAGGGGACAGGGAAAGGGGCGCUGCCUCCCCUCGAGUCCGGCCAAAACCAGACCCGAAGGACAAAACUCUGGGAACGCCCGGCGGGAGAAGGCGACGGAGCGGGAACGCCGCGAUCCCGGCGGGUCGGAUGCAUCCCGGCCCCUUCCGUCCCGGCUGGAGGGAUGGGAUGCUCUCCUUGGAGCUGAGAUGUCCUCCUCGAGGUCAGGAAUGCUCUCCUCGAGGUCAGGAAUGCUCUCCUCGAGGUCUGGGAUGCCCUCCUUGAGGUCUGGAAUGUCCCUCCUCAGGGUCUGGGAAGCCCUGCUUGGGGUUGGGAUGCUCUCCUCGAGGUCUGGAAUGCUCUCCUUGGAGCUGAGAUGUCCUCCUCGAGGUGUGGCUGUCCCUCCUCGGGGUCUGGCUGUCCCUCCUCGGGGUCUGGCUGUCCCUCCUUGGGAUCUGGGAAGCCCUCCCCAAGGUUGGGAUGCUCUCCUCGAGGUCUGGAAUGUUCUCCUCGAGGUCUGGGAUGCUCUCCUUGGAGCUGAGAUGUCCUCCUCGAGGUCUGGCUGUCCCUCCCCGAGGUUGGGAUGUUCUCCUCGAGGUCUGGAAUGCUCUCCUCGAGGUUGGGAUUCCCCUCCUCCUCAGACCUUCUUGGGGUCUGGAAUAUCCUCCUUGGAGCAGGAUGCCGUCCUUCAAGGCUGAGAUUCCCUCCUCAGGGGUUGGGAUUCCCUCCCUGAGGGCUGGGAUGACCUUCCCAAGAUCUUGGAUCCCCUCCUGGAGAUGCUCUCCUAGGAGCUGGGAUCUCCUUCUCCUCCUCCAGACCGGGCUGUCCUCCUCGAGGUGUGGGAUUCCCUUCCUGGGCUCUGGAAUUCCCUUCCUGGGCUCUGG